AUGAUUGAUGACCCAGUAAGUCAAAACCCAGAUAAAGGAGUAAGAUCAAAACAAAAAGAUUACAAAAUUCACACUAAGCAUCUUAUCCAUGAGUCUGAGUAAUUAUUAAUGCUGCUUGAGUAAAAUGAAAGUUCAAAAAUAACAGUAUAAUAAAAGCGGUAUUUAGAUGAGCUAGUAUAUACUGGGAUAUUAGAGGUGAAAUUUUGUGUUGAAUGUAGAACACUCUUAGCUUUCAAAUUAAUAAGCACUGACAGUGUGCAUGAUAAGUUCCUUGAUCAUUAUUUCUUCCUUUCACAAUAUAUUAUUGAAGGUCAAAUUAGAGUGGAUCAGUAGACACUUAUUAUUUUAAAAGAAGAUCAUGAGUAGCCUAUGAAAGAUUUAAUAUAAGCUGAAAUGCUAAGUUCAGUUUAAAGAUAAUUGAAAUAGUAAGAAAUUAUUAAGCAAGAAACAAGAUAAAACAAAAACUAUGCUAAUAGUCUAUAAACUGCAACUAUUAGACCCCUUCCUCAUCUAGUUCCUCGUGGGAUAUUUCUAAACAGUACAAAUGAUAUCUUAGAAAUCAUGGAUUUGAUUGAGAAUUAACAGACGAUUUAAGAGCAAUGCUACAAGAUCACGCUAUAUUAGAAUUUGCUUUACUAGAUGACAUCUAAAUCUUGUGACUACAUUGACAUGCAUAGAGGGUAUUUAGAAAGAGCUAAACUUUCUUCUUAGUUCGAUAGAUUAAUGAGUAAAAUGACUCGCAAGUCAGUUGAUAGCUUCAAAACUAAAAGACUUUAAAUGAAGGACAUCAUCAAAGAUCUUUUAGAGAUCCAGAAUAGAAAAGAUCUAGAUGAGUAUUUGGUGAAGUAUGAAGUGCAUAGAAAUGAUAUAUUUGGAUUGAGGUAGGAUUUAAUUUAGAGUAGUGAAAGUAGCGAAGAGUAUUACUCUAAUGAUUACAGGUCAAGUGCUAAUGUAAGUAGUAGCGAAAGUGAAUACGGCGAGGGUAGUUUACAAAUAUGA